GGCCUAUCAGCCGCAUCCUGGCCCAUGUAGGAUUAUCUUCAUCUCGGUCAGCGUGAUAUUCACUUCUUUUCAUUCUUCCUGGUCAUCACCGCCGUCAGGACAUCACUGUGGACGAAUUUGUUCCUUGGCUGAAUUCCUCCUGUUUGAUUAAUACCGCACUGCUGGCUCCCGUCGCCCACUCUGCUCGGAAUUACCACGCCCUAAACGCCGCCGGAGAGCUCUCACAUGCAGAGCUGCCACAAAAAGUUUCCCGAGAGGAGGACGACCGCUUCAACAUCGGCAGUUGCUCCCACGAGCAUUGCUACGACCACCUUGACUUGACCUUUUCAAGAUCUCGCAUUGCUGUCACGUACUACCGCUCCACAUCUCCUGGGGAGAUUUCCCAUCUAGAAUCAAUUCAAAGCCGCCCGUCGACGUGCCUGAAUCAUGCUGCCGCGUGUAGUGUCGUCGGCGGAGCGCGAGAAGCUUCAACGAAAGAGCAAACAGACCAAUGGCUUUUCCCUUGGUGGCCAGAAAUCCGGCAAUGGAAGGUUGGGCUUCAGCAUGCGGCCGGAUAAAUAUGAGAAAUAUCAAUCACGAUCUUCACGAACCCUCACAGCUCGUCGACGAGCUACAUUAAUACGAGCUGGCAUCGUUCUCACCAUCCUCUUCCUCACCUUUCUCUUCUUCAUCCCGUCCCUUCGACCAACCAGCAUACUCGGCGUCCUCACCCUUGGCCUUUUCUCCUACGAUGGCAGCGAAGCCUUCCAAAUUGAAACCGUCCGCUACUACGAUCUCUCCCAUGUCAGCGGCACAAGUCGUGGAUGGGAACGCGAAGAGCGCAUCCUUCUCUGCUCUCCCCUCCGCGACGCCGCUCCUCACCUCCCCAUGUUCUUCUCACAUCUUCGCAAUCUCACCUAUCCGCACCGCCUUAUCGACCUCGCUUUCCUCGUCGGCGACAGCAAGGACAACACCACAGACCUCCUCUCGGACCUCCUCGCGCAACUGCAGGCCAGCGGCGCCGAGGACGUGAACAUGCCAUUCGGAGAGAUUUCGAUCAUUGAGAAGGACUUCGGACAAAAGGUUGAGCAAGAUGUGAACAGUCGUCACGGCUUUGCGGCUCAGGCGAGUCGCAGAAAGAGCAUGGCACAAGCAAGGAAUUGGUUGCUAUCAGCUGCGUUGCGACCUACGCAUAGUUGGGUGUACUGGCGCGAUGUGGAUGUCGAGACCGCGCCUACGACGAUCUUGGAGGAUUUGAUGAAGCAUAACGCAGAUGUCAUCGUUCCAAACGUCUGGCGCCCUCUUCCCGACUGGCUCGGCGGCGAGCAACCUUACGACCUGAACAGCUGGCAAGAGUCCGAGACCGCUCUCGACCUCGCAAAGACUCUCGACGAAGACGCCGUCAUCGUCGAAGGUUACGCGGAAUACGCGACCUGGCGACCGCAUCUCGCCUACCUGCGCGACCCGUACGGCGAUGAACAUACAGAAAUGGAACUCGAUGGUGUCGGCGGCGUCAGCAUCCUCGCGAAAGCGAAUGUCUUUCGCUCAGGUGUACAUUUCCCGGCUUUCAGUUUUGAGAAGCACGCCGAGACGGAGGGAUUUGGAAAGAUGGCGAAACGCAUGCAAUACUCCGUCCUCGGUCUCCCGCAUUACACCAUCUGGCAUCUCUACGAGCCAAGCUCCGACGAUCUCCGACACAUGGAGCAAAUGGAGGAAGAGCGGAAGAAACUCGCCGAGGAAGCGGAAUCUACAAAAGCCAAACAGGACUUGCUCACGUCGCAGUUCGAUGUCGAGUCCGGGAAAUCUCAGUGGGAGAAGGAUAAGGAGGCGCUCCGCUUGGCGGCGCUCAAGGGCGAGGAGACGAAGGUGGAGAAGACCGCUGGGACAAACGACAUUGACACCGGCAAUAAGCUCGCCGGGAAGCAGGACGGCACUGCCGACAAGUCCGCCCCGAAGGCAUUCGACAAUCAAGCCGCGAGGAAUAUGGGCAAGGCGGCAGGAGACCAGAGUCCCCCUCCUGCUCCUCCAGCUGUCGCCGCCAACCAGCCCUUCGGGGAUAUGCUCACGAAUACACAGGACAGGCUGAAGAAAAAGCAGCAACAAUAUCAACAACAGCAGGCCGGAUCUCCCGCCCCCGCCGGCAAUAGGCCUGCGCCUCAACCUGUCGCUGACGCUGCGGCCGCUGUCGCUGCGGGCAACAAUAUGGCGCAGAAACACGACGGCAGUGAUUCGAGGAAGGAGGAAGGACUAUGAUCUUGGUAUCGUGAGGAUUCGGUUUCAUUCCAGUACUCGCGGGAGCUCUUGGCCUGUAAUCAUAGAUUUGUUGUCAAUUUGAUGGCUCGGUAUAGAACAAUAGAUUAUUGAAUCUCUGCUGAACAC